GAGGGGUUUGGCCUGCGAAGGCCGCAGGCUGUGACACAUUCCUCGUUGCCUUUCAUCUAUCUAUGGCUUCGGGUUACUAUGCGGUAUUGAUAAGUUCUUGCUUCGCUGUUGCUCGUGGUCUCUGCUCGCCUCGCGGAUCUUCGGAACAAACUGAUCACCCGUGGUAUGAGUACAUAAUCCAUUUUUGCAUAGGGGUCAUGGUGCUCCUUACAUGGGCAAUUGCGAUCUUCGGUCUCGUUGUGUCCACGGGCAGAAAUGGCGGACACUUGGUAGUGGGCAAGGGGUACAGGGAGUUCAAGUUGGGCGAUUACUCCCCCUGGAUGCGGAAGAGAGUGAGAAACGAGGAUGUGUGGAAGGAAAUCAAAUGGUGCCUGAUAAAGAAGGAGUGCCAUAAAUUGUCGCUGAAGCAUCCUGACCCAAAAACGGGCAUCAUCCAGUUCAACGGGAUUCAGUCGGGGUUUUGCAAACCGCCAGAUUCGUGCGGCUUCGCGGUGAUCAACGCCUCCGCAUCAAGUUACCAAGCCCGUGCUUCUUCCUCUUCUUUCCCGUCUUCGUUAGGCGGGGACUGCACGCUGUUCAGCAAUGGUGAGUUCAAGUGCUUCGACUGCGAUUCCUGUAAGGCUGCGUUUCUCGACAGUCUGAGAAGGAGCUGGCGAACGAUGUCAAUCAUCGACCUCACUAUGAUCCCCGAUUUCGUAAUAGUCCAAGGUUUAGCAAUAUGCUUCGUGAUGAUUAUGUACAAGUUGGUCGUCAAGCUGUUCGGGAGUUGUCUUCCGGACUCUCUGAUUAUGGGAAAUGUAUUGGAUUGAUUGAUUGAUUGAUUGAUUGAUUGAUUGAUUGAUUGAUUGAUUGAUUGAUUGCGUAACGCAGGUAGAUUUACAAUGAUUAGAGUGAUCAGACCAGUAUUGAUGUUUAGGAACUUUAGACUGUUUAGUUACUGACAUCAAUGUCAUUUAUAUCUGGAGGACUGACUACAGUGGUGUAAGAGCUCCCUACAGGUGGCAGUUAAGUUUUCACUUCUAAAUCCACUUCAGGCAUCGGAUUCAUUUUGCACCAUUUUCCUCGCUUUGGAGCCAAAUUCAGGAAAAUCGUGACUGAAACGCAUUUAAAACUGAAAACUGUGACUGCGCCCCAGUUUUGCGUAAAUUUUAAUGG